AUGACAGCUAGGGCGGCGUCUGCAGCAGCAGGGGGGCCCCCUGGGGCCCCCUUAGGGGUUCCCACCCUUAGUACUGAGGACAAGCAGCUGCCGCAGCAGCAACAGCAGCAGCAACAGCAACAGCAACAGCAGCAACAGCAGCAGCAGCAGCUGUGUCCCGUAGGCAACGUCGGCUGUGAGUGUCUUGGUAUUGAUGCAGCAAUCGAUGUAUUAACUGCAGCAAAAGCUGCUGCUGCUCCUGCUCCUGCUGCUCCUGCUGCUGACGCAGAGGCCGCUGCAGCAGAAGAAGCAGCAACUGCAGCAGCAACAGCAGCAGCAAAUCGAUUGUUAGAUAAGUUUGUAUGGAGAAGGGACGCCUGGGGGAGAUGCAUUGCUGCUGUUGCUGCUGGUGCUGCGCUGCAGCACUCCCCUCUGCAGCAGCAGCUGCCUCCUCUAUUUUGCUGCUGCAGCCGCAAUCGCAGCAGCAGCAGCAGCAGCAGCAGCUACGACGUCAGCAGCAACAGCAGCAGCAGCACAACAUCCUUCAUUUCUUCUGAGACAAGGAGAUCAAUAUGCUCAGCAACACCACCAGAAGCAGCAGAAGCAACAGCAGCAGCAGCAGCAGCAGCAGCAGCAGCAAAUGUAUCUAAAGAAGAGCUGCUGCUAGGUAGAUGUAUGUUUGCUGCUAGAUCGCUGCGGCUGCUGUCGCAGAAAGGGCUGCCUAGUCUGCAGCUACCUGCUGCUGCAUGCGAUGCUGCUGCUGCUGCUGCUGCUACUGGUGGUGGUGGUGGUGCUGCUGCUGCUGCUAAUGCUGCUGCUGCUGCUGCUGCUCAUGCAGAUACAGCAGCAGCAGAAGUAGCAGCAGCAACACUUGAGCCUCCCUUUCAUAACAACUUAGAGUGCGAGUGUAUAGACACCAAGCUGCAGCAGCAGCAGCUGCUGCUGCUGCAGCAGCUUGCUGCUGAACCAACAGCAUCCCCGCUGCUGCUGCACCGCAGUAUUGCUUCUCUUAUAGAAGCAGCCUGGACGUGCUGCAGCACCAGCAACAGCAGCAGCAACAGCAACAGCAGCAGCAGCAGCAGCAGCAGCAGCAGCACCUGCAUACCCGUUCUUCCUGUAUUAGAGGAGUUGUCUGCUGCUGCUGCUGCUGUGCUGCUGCUGCUGCUGCCUCCUUAUCGUGGUGGCUUCCAGAGGGGAAGGCAGCAAAGUGUGCUGCGGCGUUGCAUGCGUUUAGUUACUUUGGGGCUGCAGCAGCGGCAGCAGCAGCUGCAGCAGCAGCAGGAUCAGGAGCAGGAGGAUGGGGAGGAGGAACAGCAACAACAACAGCAGAAGAAGAUAAAGGAGGAGGUCGUGCAGCUGCAUGCACACCUGCUGCAGCUGCUGCUGCUGCAGCAAAUAGUAGCAGCAGCAUGGUGUACGGACAUCUGCUGCUCCCCGCUGCAGCGGCAACGCUUUCUUGCUGCAGUACUAACAGACACCCCCCUUGUGCUGCAGCUGCUGCGGGAGGGGCUAGCAGCAGUAACUGCUGCUGCUGCUGCUGCAGCAGAUGCAGCAGCACAUUAUGCGGAUAUAAAGGAGAGUACAGGCCGAAGCAGCACAAGCAGCAGCAGCUCGCUGGCAGGAAAUGAGCAGCAGCAGCAGCAGCAACAGCUUGAGCUGCUGCAGCAGCAACUGCAGCAGCUGCAGCAGCUAGCUGCACUCGUUCGUACUGUUUGGAUUCGUUGCUGCUGCACCUGCUUAAACAUAUGGAGCCGUUGUGCAGCAGCAGCUGCAGCAGCUGCAGCAGCAGCCGAUACAGCAGCAGCAGCAGCAGCAGCAGAUCCUGCUGCUGCUGCUGCUGCUGCUGCACCUUCUGCUAAGGAGUGUGCAGAGCCAAAGCCAGAAGAUGUGCUGACAGCAAAAGGAAUAUACAGUAACCAGCAGCAGCAGCAGCAGCAGCAGCAGCAGCAGCAGCAGCAACAGCAGCAACAGCAGCAGUACUCUAAGCAGCAGGAGAAAGAGGAGGAGGAGCAGCAGCAUGCACUGCAUGACAGCAGCAGUGCUGCUGCUAGGUUUGCUGCUCUUACAGUACAAGAGCUGCUGCGCCUAUGGGCAAGAGGUCCAGCAGCAACACGUCAGCUUGCUGCUGCUGCUGCAGCUGGCGGCGCUGCUGCUGCUGCUGCUGCUCGUGCUGCAGCAGCUCCAUGCUUGCUGCUGCCAGCAGCAAUCUCAGGGCGCCUUCGCUACGUGCUGCAGUCUAUGGCAGAGUUGCAUGCACAGCAUUUUGCUGAUGCUGCUGCUGCAGCAGCAGCAGCAGCAACAGAAGCAGCACAGCAGCACAGGCAGCAGCAACCUUCUAAUGCCUUUAGUCUUAUACUAUGGCAGCGGCGAGUGGGCCCUGUCUUGCUGCUGCCGCUGCUGCUGCAGCACUCCGUUGUGCCUCUGCUGCAGCAGCAAGACAAGGAGCUGCUUAUACACCGCAGCAGCUCAUGGCGUUCUUAUGCUUAUCUCCUUGUAGAGGCCUCUCGUCCUCAGCAGCAGCAGCAGCAACAGCAACAGCAGCAACAGCACCAACAGCAGCAACAGCAAGAACGGACCCCAAAACGUCCCCAGCAUCAACAACAACAACAGCAACAGCAACAACAGCAGCAGCAACAGCAGCAGCAGCAGCAGCAGCAAUCAGUUGUCCCCCGCUUUUUUAGUGCAUGCAUCCUAUUAAGCUGCGCUUAUAUGACUACUCGUUACUUAGAUCUUCGUGUUGCUGCUCUUAAGGGUUUGCUGCUGCUGCUGCGGCCGCUGCUGCAGCUGCUUGCUGCAGCACGACAAGAGAAGCUGUUGCUGCAGCAGCUGACGCAGCAGCAGCGUCGAGAUGCCCAUCAAACAGCAGCAGCUGCAGCAGCAACAGCAGCAAAUAUACAAUUGGAGAAAGCUGUUGCUGCUGCUGCUGAUGGCAUGCAGUCGCUGCUGCUGCCGCGUGUUGAGGUGCUGCUGCAGUCUUUUGCUGCUUCUUCUUCCCUUGGUCGUAUGCGGUGUCUAUGCAACACCAGCAGCAGCAGCAGCAGCAGCGGCAGCAGCAAACGCAUCAGCAGCAGAAGCAGCCACGAUCAUGAGUGCAGCAGCAGCGGCGCCAAAUAUGGUAGCGCGAGCACCGACAGCUGCAGCAGCAAUAUCAGCAGCAGCAGCAGCUAUACAAACAGCAGCAGCAGCAGCAGCAGCAGCGGGGAGGUGGACGUGCUGGUCUCUAUAAGGCCUUUGUGUGACACACUGGUGCUGCAGCUUGCUGCUGCUGUUGGGGUGCAGCCGCUGCUGCAGCUGCUGCUUCCACAGCUGCAGCGGCUGUUGAACCGGGAAGGGUUGCUGCUGCAGCAGCUGGCUCAGCCAGCAGCAGCAGCAGCAGCAGCAGAUGCUGCACAGAUACUAGAAGGGGAAGGAGCCUUGUGGCUGCUGCUGCAGCUAUUUGGUAACCCUAAGACAAAGCAGCAAACGCCGCCGCUGCUGCAAGAAGCAGCGGUGGAGUUGCUGCAGCAGCAGAAGCAGCAGCAGCAGAAGCAGCAGAGGUCGCAGCAGCGAGGACAGCAGCAGCAGCAGCAGCAGCAGCAAGCAUGCAGCGUCUGCGGAGCGUCAGCAACCGUCGCUGCUUCUUGGGCAGCUCGUGGAUCUUUUGCUGCUGCUCUUGUGGUUUCGCCUCCACCUGUUGCUGCACCGGCAGCAGCAACUGCAGCAGCAACAGCAGCAGCAGCAGCAGCAGCAGAUGGGGAACAUUUAUUCGCCCGGCUGGAGCUUGUUGCAGGCUGGACAGCUGAGCUUGCAGAAUUCCUCGGCCUCAGCAGCAACAGCAACAGCACCAGCGAAGAACUGCAGCAGCAGCAGCAGCAGCAGCAGCAGCAGAAGCCUCAAUUAGGUAUGGCACUGUUUAGGCGUUUAUCUGUUGGUUUGCUGCAGCUGCUGCUGUCUAUUGAGGUGUAUCUUCGUCGUCAGGUUGCUGCAGCAGAUAAGGCUUGUGGGGAUACUGCUGCUGCUGCUGCAGGAGCAGCAGCAGCAGCAGCAACAACACUUGACAAGUGUGCACCGUUGCUGCUGCUGCAGCUACGACAGCUGCCGCAGCUGUCUCCUGCUGCUGCUGCUCUCCCUUCUAGCUGCUGCUCUCUUCCUUUGCUGCGGGCAUUUCUCUCUAUUGUAUGCCUUAUUAUUAGGCUGCAGCAGCUGCUGCUGCAGCUAACAACACCAACAGCAGCAGCAAAACCAACAGCAGCAGCAGCAUCUGCUGCUGCUGCUGCUGAACCCUCCAAGGUUGCUGCAGCAACAGAAGACAGUCUUAGGUCCUGCAUCAAUUGGCUGCAGCAGCAAAACUUCCGUGGGAUCCUCUUCGGAGAUAAUCAAUCUGCUGCUGCUGCUGCUGCUUCUGGUGGUGGUGGUGGUGCUGCUGCUGCUGCUGUCCCUGAGGUGUCUAGACACCUCACUAGGGGACAGAAGGCGGUGGCUCUGCGCCAAUUCCUUACGAUAACCGCUUUCUCCUGCUGCCUGCCUCCACAGCUGCAGCAGCAGCAGGAGCAUAAGGCAUCUGGUGCACAACAGCAGCAGCAGGAGCAGCAGCAACAGCAGCAGCAGCAGCAGCAGCAGAGACUGCGACCUCUCGAUGCAUUGUCAGUGCGUGGCCUUACUGAAGCACUGCAGCAAGAGAGGUCAACGCUGCAGCAGUUGCUGCUGCUUUCCCCGCAGUCUAACAGCAGCAGCAACAGCAGCAACAGCAGCAGCAGCAGCAACAGCAACAGCAGCAGCAGCAGCAGCAGCAAGGAAGGAGCUGCCUUAGUAUUGGGGCUACUGGAGGAGUGCAGUGCUGCUGUAUGUGCUGCUGCUCCCCUUAACCCUCAAUGCAUGCAAGAAGCAAGAGAUGUGCUGCAGCAGCUGCUGCUGCUGCUGUCUCCUCUGUGCAGCUGCAAUCAACAGAAGCAGCGCAGCAAACAGGGCAGCAGCUCCCUUGCCUCCAGUCGCAGCAGCAGCAGCAACAGUGCGUCAGAAGGAAGCAGCAGCAGCAGCAACAGCACAGGAGAGGCCAGCAGCAGCUGCAGGCUGCUGCAGCUAGAUCUGCAGCAAUGGGUGUCUCGCGUGCUGCUGCCUUUGCUGCGCUGCAUCUCUACAUCGCAGCAGCACUCAGAGGAGGCGCUGUCUCUGCUGCUGCAGCUGCUGUUGCUGCUGCUGCAGCACCUACUGGCUCUUGCGCCGCAGGGCCUGCUGCAGCAGGAGGCAGCUAAUGAGGGUCGUCGCCCUAUUAAGCGGUCUCUUACUGCUGCUGCUGCUGCUGCUGCUGGUAGUGGUCCGCUGCAGACAAGGGCAGCCACCUUGGCCAGCAUCAACAACAGCAACAGCAACAGUAGCAGCAGCAGCAGCAAUGCAGCAGCAGCAGCAGCAGCAAUUGCUGCUACAUAUAUGGGGGGAGAUGCAGAUGUUGCUGCUGCAGUAUUUAAAUUUUUAAAUGAGCAGCAGCUGCUGCUGCGGUCUCUCUUCCAGUGUCUAGGCACCUGCUUCUCCCUGCCUCUGCCUUGUUGGUUGCUGCUGCAGCAGCAGCAAAGCCAUAAGCUGCUGCAGCAGCUGCUGCUGCUGACGCUGCAGCAUAUUAUCCCUGCAACUGUGGGGUUGCUGAACAACGAUGACACCUCUACAGCUGCAGCUGCUGCUGCAGCAACUGCAGCAGCAGCAGCAGCUCCUUCUGGAGCUGCUUCUUCUACGUCUCCUGCUGCUGCUGCUGCUGCAGCAGCAGCAGCAGAUCCAGGGAUGCAUGCGCUCCUGCUGUCUGCGCUGCAGUUCCUACUAGGCCUUGCUAGGGUCUCUCGUGGGGAGUUGCUGCCAGCAGAUGACAGCAGCAGCAGCUACCAGUCUCUUGCUGCUGCCUUCCGUGUUAGACGCCUGCUGCCGCAGCAGCAGCAGCAGCCGCAGAAACGCGUGCAGCUGCCGGGUCUUCGUAGCGCGGGAGCAGCGGCAGCAGCGGCGGCAAAUGCAGCAGCAGCAGCAGCAAGUGCAGCAGCAGCAGCAGCAGCAGAGCCGCAUAUCGAGCUAGCUGAGCUUCCUGCAGCAGAGAAGGAAGUGCUGCAGGAUACAUUUAGGCAGCUGCUGCGUUCUUGUGCUGCAGCAGCAACACGUUUGCUGCUGCAUGCAUGCGACUACCCGUUGUUGCUGCUACUGGAGGUGCAUGCAGUAAGGCAAAUGGGUAUUCGUGCUGCUGUUAUUCGCAGCAAGGGGGGGGCCCUAACUGGUGCAGCAGACGACUGCAGCAACAGUAGCAGCAGCAGCAGCACACCAGCAGCGGGUGCUGCUGUUAUUGCUGCACCGGGUGUGAAGGAGGAACCAACAGAAGCAGCAGCAGCAAUAGCCCUGCAGCAGCAAAAGUUACCACCUCAGCAGUUGCAGCAGCAGCUGCAACAACUGCAGCAGCAGCAACUGCAGCAGCAGCGGCUGCGGCAGCAGCUACUAUCUAAAGCGCAGCAAAAGGCAACUUGUGCUGAGCUGCUGCUGCACUGGGCAGCAGCAAUGUUGUGGGGUGGGGCUGGCUGCUGCCGCAGCAGCAAGUUGUCUGCAUGCUGGGGGCACGGGAAUGCUGUUGUUGUUGCGCUGCAGCAGCAGCAGCAGCAACAGCAGCAGCAACAGCAGCAGCAACAGCAGCAGGAGCAACACGACGAAUCACAGCACAGCAGCAAGGAUGGUACCCCUGGCGAUAGACACCUCCUUGAUACGCCCAUUACAGAAGGAGCAGCAGGAGCAGCAGCAGCAGCAGAUGUUGCUGCAGCAGCAGCAGCAGCAGCAACGCAGCAAAGUGCUGAGAAACUUUGCUGGAAGUUGCUGUGUACUUUGCUGCUGCCAGCAGCAGCAACAGCAAAAGAGACACCAUCAAUCUUAGGUAUAGAUGAGAGUUUGUUGCCAUCUGCUGCUGUAGACGAUACACCCAACAGCAGCAGCAGCAGCAACAGCACCAGCAGCAGCAACAGCACCAACAGCAGCAACAGCAGCAGCAGCAGCAGCAGCAGCUGUCUCCCUACAUGCAAUAUGCUACCUAUUACUGCUGUCCCCUCCUUAGGUGUCUCCUCUUCUUGGGGGACGAUUGCUUCCUUUCAUCUAAUGUUAGGUCUAUCCUUACCUAGGGAGGCAGCAGCAAUUGCUGCUGCUUGCUGCAGCAGGACCAGCAGCAACAGCAGCAACAGCAGCAGCAAUUGCUGCAACAGCAGCAACAGCGGGAGCAGCGGCAGUGCAAGCGGAGGUGAUGGCAGAGCUGCACAAGAAGCGGCGGUUGCCAAGGCCGACAGCAGCAGCAACAGCAGCAGCAGCAGCAGCAGCAACAGCAGCAAGAGAAGCAGCAGCACGAACUGUUGCUCCUUCUGCAUGCAGCCUCUGUGCAAGGACCGCAACUGCAGCACGUGCUGCUGCCCUUGGGGCUGGAUGUUCCGUGAAUCACCGCAGCAGCUGCUGCAGCAACAGCAACAGCAGCAACAACUGCAGCACCAAUUGCAGCAGCAGGGUAGCUGGUGCUGCUGCUGUGCUGCUGUAUUGUGGUAUAUCCAGCUGCUGCUGCGAACUGCUGCUGUCUAUCCUGCUGCUGUUAGUGGUCUAUCUAGCAGCAGCACAGCACGGGGUGUACAUACACCUCUAGGUCCUUAUUGGUUAACCUGCAGCAGCAGCAGCAGCAACUGCAGCAGCUGUGCUGCAGCGCAACAAGAAGGUGCUGCACCUCCUUCUCUGCAUGCACCACCUUUGCUGCUGCUGCAUCCCUUCCAAGAGCUGCUGUGUGCUGCAGCACAGGAGCAGCUGCUGCCUAUCCAGCAGCAGCAGCAGCUGCAGCAGCAACCGCUGCCUCCUCAGCAGCAGGUUCCUUCUCAGCAGCAGCAACAGCAGCAGGUGCCGUUGCAGCUGCAGCAGCAGCAGCAGCAACAGCAGCAGCUGGUGCUACAGGGCCUACCUACUGCUGCACUCCCUCCUGUUGUACUAGCAGCAGAAGAAGCAGCGCAGCAGCUGCUGUUUGUAUGUACAGAUCAGCAGCGGCUGCUGCCGCAGCAAGGGCCGCUGCUGCUGCUGCUGCUGCGCGAGAGGUUAGCUGCUUCUGAUUUGCUGCGUCUUGCUGCUGUGCUGCAGCAGCGUGAUUGGGAGCAGCUGCAGCAGCAGCAGAAGCAGCAGCUGCAGCAGCUGCAGCAGCUGUUGCAGCUGCAGCAGCAGCAGGAGGAGCACCAGAAGCAGCAGCAGCAGCAGAAGCAGCAGCAGCAGCAAAAGGAAAAGGAGGCAGCAGCAAUCUCUUUGGGGCAAACAGAAGCAGAAAUAAAACAGCAAGGCGCAGCGUCCGGCCAGGGACCAACUAGCUAG